UAAAGUGUAAAAAAAAUGAUCCUUUGUAGAUAUGUCCGCGGUGGCGAUGCGUUGCGUCACCGUCGCGAGUUGGCGAACGGUAUCCGCGAGCUGGACUCCUGGCUGACGGCAGCGGACAACCUGCUCGGCCGGCAGCCGCGCGCCAACACCACCGACAUACAGGCCUACAUCGACCAGCUCUUGCAGCUCAACUCGCAGAUAGAACACCAUGAGGAGCUGUUCAAGAGCAUCAGCAGAACGUUCCAAAGUGCAAUAGCAGAGAUGCCUCGCGACGAGGUAGAAUCAAACAUGUCCAAGCUGAAGCAGCAGAAGGAGUCUCUGGUCCGAGUGAGAGCCACAGUCCCCGUGAAGCUGCAUCAAUACAGACAACUACUUGUGCAGCAUGAGUCGCUCGAGAGCGGACAGAAGGAGAUCGGCUCCUGGCUCGACAGGGCUGAGGAAACGUUGAGGACCACGGGAGAGACUCGACGGGAAAUAAUCGAGGAACGGUACGAGGUGCAUCGCUCGUUCUUCUCGCGGACCACCUACUACCGGUCGAUGUUGGAGAGCAAAACAAG